AUGGAUGGACUACCUGCAGAAAGUUUUCAGUUUGAUGAAGACUUUCCAAAAAUAUUUUGUCAAUUGGAUAUUCUGCGUCGAUCAGAAGUUGACUAUGCUUAUUGGAAAGAAAAAGCUCGAUGGAUACGUUUUGAAGAAAUAGCUGAAAAUGUUCUUGGUCGUUGGUCGAAACCUCAUGUAGCAACAUUAAUGCAAACAGCUUUGUUAGAUUUAAAAGUUUUACUUCAAGAUGGUCUUAUUCUUCUUAAUAAUCCAGCUAAUGAUUUACCGACAGUUUCACAAACCAUUGCCCAAUCAUUGUUGGACUCAAACUAUUUUGAUAAUCCAACAUAUGCACAAAAACUUGUUUGUAUUCUUGGCUUACCACAUUUUCAUCAUUAUGAAAAACGUUCAGCAACGAAAACUGCUAGUUCAAUUAAUCUAUCGAAACAAGGUCUUCAUCCAAGUGCAAGUUUUGUUAUGAAUAAUCUUAAUCGACGAGGUUCUGAUUGUUUUUUUUUUAUUAUAUUUUAUUAUUCUCCUAUUUUUCUAGAUGAAGAAUGUGAUAGAUCAGAGCCAGGUCUCGUUACCAAACCUCCAAGUUCUCCGACUAUCACACCUAACGAACAGGAAGACACAAUUAGUGUAACACAACCAACACCAAAAGAUUAUAAUGUAAAAUUACAAAGAAAAAUCGAUAGCAAAUCAGAAGGUGCAUCAAUUCUCAUAUGUCCAGUUAAUUUUGUUGAAAAGCGAGACAUUGUUUUUCUUCGUUUACAAAAUUCAGUUGAAUUAUCUGGGAUGCUUGAAAUAAAAAUUUCUUCACGUUUUAUUGUUCUUUUAAUUGGACCUGAAGAUAAUGAAAAACAAUUGUUACAAAUGGGACGAACAAUGGCAACAAUUUUAACUGAUGAUAUUUGUCGAGAAUAUGCAUAUUUGGCAAAAGAUUCAAAUGAAAUUAUGAAAAUGAUGAAUCGAUUUAUGCAAGAUACAUAUGUUAUACCACCAUCGGAAUGGGACCCGACUAUUCGAAUUGAACCACCAACGAAAUAUAUGAGCAAAGAACAACGGCAAGCGAAAGCACCACAAGAAAAAAUAGGAACAAUUGAAGAGAUUGAGGUAAUCCCUCAUACAGAUCCGAAUUUGAUAGCUUCUAAAAGACCAUUUCAUGGCCUUUGUAUGGAUAUUCGAAAUAAAUUACCAUUUUAUAUAUCAGAUUUUACUGAUUGUGCUAGUUUACAAUGUUUAGCAGCUACACUUUAUUUAUAUCUUGUAUGUCUUUGUUCAGUCGUUGCUUUUGGUGGUAUGCUUGGAACAGCAACAGAAAAUUAUAUGGCUACGAUGGAAUGUAUUCUUGCUGCAUGUGUAAGUGGUAUUCUAUUUGCAUUAUUCAGUGGACAACCAUUAAAUAUUCUUUCUGCUACUGGUCCAAUGUUAAUACUCGAACGUAUUAUAGAACAUAUGUGCAAAGAUUAUCGUGUAAAUUUUCUUGAAUUUCGUUUGUGGAUUGGCAUAUGGAUAUUUUUAUUAUUAUUAAUAUUCGUUACAUUUAAUUUAAGUUUUCUUGUUAAAUAUAUAACACGUUUUACUGAAGAUUGUUUUGCAUCAUUAGUUGCAUUAAUAUUUAUCUAUGAUGCUAUACGUGAAGUUUCAAAAAUUCGUAAACUUUAUCCAGUAAAUUAUCGACCUAAUGUUUUAUUAGAUUAUUCAUGUUCAUGUUUAUUUACUGAUAUUGGUUAUAAUGAAACAACAAUAAAUGAUACAAAUAUAGUUGAUUAUUUAUUUCAUGGAACAAAUUUAAAUAAAACAUCUCAAUCAGCAUGUAUGAAAGCCGGUGGUUUUGUUGUUGGUUCAGGUUGUUCAACACCAGUUUAUCAUUCUGAUAUAUUCUUUUUUUCUGUACUUUUAUUUGUUUUUACUUUUUUUAUUUGUAUGGCUCUUCAGGAAUUUCGUAGCAGUACCUUUCUACCAACGAAAAUUCGAACAAUUCUUAGUGAUUUUGCUGUUUUAAUUGCUAUUAUACUUAUGACAGCAUGGGAUGCAUAUUUACUUUUAAAUACACCUAAAUUACAUGUACCAACAAAAUUAAAACCAACACGACCACAUGAUCGUGGAUGGUUAAUACCAUUUUUUGGUAAAAAUAAAUUAUGGACAAUACCAUUAGCAAUAGUUCCAGCUUUGGUAGCAACUAUACUUAUUUGUAUGGAUCAACAAAUAACAGCUGUGAUUAUUAAUCGAAAAGAAUUUAAAUUAAAAAAAAGUCUUGGUUAUCAUCUUGAUUUAUUUGUUUUAUCUAUUACAAUUUUAAUACAAUCAAUACUUGGUUUGCCAUGGUUCGUUGCAGCUACAGUUUUAGCUUUAACACAUGUUAAUGCAUUGAAACUUAUGAGUGAAAAUUCAGCACCGGGUGAAAAACCAAAAUUUGAAGGAAUUCUUGAACAACGUGUUAGCGCACUUUUAAUGGCUAUUUUAUCUGGUUUAAGUGUGUUGUUUACUCAUAUUUUAGGGUAUAUUCCAAUGCCUGUUCUUUAUGGUGUCUUUAUGUUUAUGGGUGUUUCUGCUUUACGUACUAUGCAAAUAUUUGAUCGUGUUUUAUUAUUUUUUAUGCCACAGAAAUAUCAACCAGAUUAUCCGUAUUUACGACAUGUACGAAUAACACGUGUUCAUUUAUUUACUAUUAUACAAAUUCUUGCACUUGUUGGCAUGUUCGUAUUAAAAAGUAUCAAAUCAAUUGCAAUUGCUUUUCCAUUAUUAGUAUUAGGAACAUGUUUUGUACGUAAAUUAAUGGAUAAAAUCUUUACACAAGAGGAAUUAUAUUGGCUUGAUGAUAUUUUACCUGGAGCAAAAGGUGGUCGAAUUCGUCGCGCUUCAAUUCCUCGAAAUGUUCAUAUACCAAAAAUUACACAAGAGUUAAAUGAUGAAAAUAGACAACUACCACCCAAUGUAUCAUUUACAUUAUCAGCAAAUGAAGCUGAUGAUUCUAAUCGUGAUACAUUAGAAAAUAAUUUACCAAAUAUAGUUGAGCAAAAAUAUGGUUCUUUGCCGAUUGAUCAUUCGAAUCAAUCAUGUAUUCCAUUAAUUGUGGUUGAUGAAAUUAUAUCACCAGAGGAAACAUCAGUCAAUGCCAGAGAAGAAGCUGAACAAUUAAUGCAUCGUGAAUUAUCAUUAGAAACACAACAUGAUGGCAAAUGCAAGACUAUUCAAAUACCUGUAUAA